AUGGAUUUUCCCCAAGCCGAAAAGUGCUAUAGUCACGUCUCGGCGCACAGAGGUGGCCGGCGCGACUCCUCAUCGUCAGAAGAUAUCUCUCCCGACAACUCACCGACAUCCUCGACCUCUCGCCACAAGUAUGCCUUCCACGACCUCGCCGACACCAAGGCUCUUACGCCGCAGGUGUCGCGGGCGUCGCGGCCCUCGGUCUCCCGCGAGCUCACGCACAUCACAACAGCCGGCACAACUAUGACCAUGGAUCCUUCCUACGAAAUCGACUUUGAAAUCGACGACCCCAAGGACCCGCGAAACUGGCCCAUGUGGUACAAAGCGCUGAGCAUCUUCGCCAUCAGCUACGGCACACUGAUCGUCGUCUUAUAUUCCACCUCUUACACCGCUGCGAUCGCCGCCAUGAACGAGGAGUUCCACAUCACCAACGAUGCGAUCACGACACUGGGCGUGACGACCUACCUAUUGGGUCUGGCCGUGGGCUCGCUCGUGCUGGCACCCAUCAGCGAGACCUACGGCCGCAAACCCGUGUACGCCAUCUCCAUGUUCUUCUUCGUCAUCCUCAUCGUCCCCUGCGGCUUAGCCACCGACAUCACCACCAUCAUCGUGGUGCGCUUCUUCGGCGCCUGCGCCGGCGCUGCCAUGAUCGCCAAUGCCCCCGGCACCGUUGGCGACGUCAUCAGCGACAAGUAUCGCGCUACGGCGUUCAGCAUCUGGAGCAUCGGCCCCAUGAACGGACCGGUGUUUGGCCCGUUGAUUGGCGGCUUCACCACCCAGUACAAGGGUUGGCGGUGGGCGAACUGGGUGGUCAUGAUUGGUGGAGGCGCCGCGCUGCUGAUGAUGCUCUGCAUCCAAGAGACGUACAAGCCGCGACUACUGCAGCAGAUGGCGAAGAAGCGGAGGAAAGAGACGGGCGACAGCAGAUGGUGGAGCAGAUAUGAUGUGCGUGUUGGGUUUGGGGAACUGAUGCGCGUGAACUUGAGUCGACCGUUUGUCAUGGCGGUGACGGAGCCCAUCUGUGUCUUUUGGAACGUCUAUAUUGCCAUCAUCUACGGCAUUCUAUAUCUCUGCUUUGUCGCCUAUCCGAUCGUCUUCACGCAGCACAGGGGCUGGUCGGCCGGCGUUUCGGGCUUGUCCUUCCUCGGUAUCGGUAUCGGGACCAUGAUCACCAUUUGUGCGGCGAAGCCAAUCCGUCUGAUGAUCGAAUCACACAAAAAAGACCCGGCCACGGGGGAACCGCCGCCGGAAUCGAUGAUGAGCGUGGUGUGCAUCGCGGCGGUGCUCAUCCCUGUGGGCCAACUUUGGUUUUCAUGGACCUGCUAUCCGACAAGCAUCAACCCCAUCAUCAGCAUUGCGGCUGGCAUCCCGUUCGGCGCCGGUAACGGUGCCGUGUUCAUCUACGCCUCCAACUACCUUGUACAUAGCUAUGGAAUCUAUGCGGCCAGUGCCAUGGCAGGUAAUGCCGUGAUCCGAUCGUUCAUGGGCGGUACCCUACCUUUGGCCGGUCCAGCCAUGUAUCGCGCAUUAGGGCCGAACUGGGCUGGAACAUUGUUGGGGAUCCUCGAGGUCUUGAUCAUUCCGAUCCCUCUGGUGUUCUAUCGAUACGGCGCAAAGAUUCGAGAGAAGAGCACCUUGAUCAGGGAGAUGAGGGAGGAAGAAGAGAGGCAAGAGCGGAAAAAAAGGCGGGCGCGGGAGAGGGCGGCCAGAGAGGCGAAGCGGAUAGAGCAGAAAGGCAAGGGCUCCGGAGAGGAUGCUGACAAGGCCGUGGAGCAGCGACCAGGAAGUGUGGAGGAGAUUCCGGUGCAGUUCAAGGAGAAAGAUAUGGUUUGA